AUGUCUGGUCAAGGAUCCAAAAGGUCUAGAUCGAUGCACUUUUCACCAGACACAGGGAGGGGUUCAAGUCAACAGUUUGGUCCGGAGGAAUGGGGUCCGCAUUUUGGGGAUGCCCAAGAGGAGGAAUCGUUUCCAGGCAUAUUCGAACCAAACAUGUUUAUGCCUGAAUGGGAUGUACCUGUCGCGACGCCGAGAUAUACACCAUUACGUUCAACUCGGUACAAUCCGCCGGAGAAUAUGUACCAGCCAGCACCAGGAUUUUCAUCGAAUGGUCAGUUUACUGCCAAUUUGAACCAGAACAUGCCAAGAGGAGACCAAGUUCGUGGAGAAGGCCCGAGAGAGCCGAAUGUACUAGAGACCCAACAAACACUUAAGAUGAUUCAAGAUAUUUUGAACCACAUGAUUCAGCAGCAGCAGCAAAACCAAGGAAAUCAAUCAGCAGAAACUUCAUCAGAUCACUUUUUAAAAUUAGUGACGAUGAUGAGGAAUCUAGGACUUCCCAAGUUCAAAGGAGAUCCGAACACGGUCCUAGCAGACACAUGGAUAAGAGAAUUGGAGACUAACUUUGAAAUGUCAAGAUGUCCAGAGGAAUUUAGAAGACCAAUCGCAGUCAAAUUCCUAGAAGAAGAUGCUCUUGCAUGGUGGGAUAGCGUGGUUUCUCGCUAUCGAUAUCAGACUAUAUCAUGGGAUAUAUUCAAGAGGGAGUUUGACCAAAAGUACUUUCCACCAGAGACGCGUGACCGACUAGAGAAUCAAUUCUUGCGACUAGAACAAGGUGAAUUAAGUGUUCGAGCCUAUGGGAGAGUUUUUACAAGACUUCGGAGAUAUUUGUACCAAGGUAAUGACGAUGAGUUAGUUAUGGCCCGGAGAUUCUUUAACGGACUCAGGCCAGAUAUAAAGGGAAGGUUGCACACUGUGACAUACUGGAGCAUUGCAGAAGUGGAGGAGAGAGCAGUGAGUGUUGAGGAGGCCAUCGAGACGGAAAAAGAGAUUAUGGCCCAAGAGAAAAAGAAGGAACCAGUGCAGCAGAAUAGGAUUGUAAACUUUCGGAAGGUGAAUCAAGUAGCAGGACGAAAUUGGGGCGCAGGCCGUGGUAAAGUCAAUAUGACUGUUAACCAAGGAGGACGUACUGCGAACAACAUGGACCCUCGGGGAUGCUAUGUGUGUGGUCAACUGGGGCAUUUUGCUCGAGCUUGUCCAAACGUUGUGGAAACAAAGAAUACCGGUCUGUCAUCCGUCACAUGUUUCUACUGUGGCGAGAUGGGACACUAUGCGACCUCAUGUCCAUCGAAGCCGAUCAAACUGAACGCCCAAACUGUGAACCGUGCCCAGCCAGUGCAGCAAGUGAAGGAACCCCCAUCAAAGAAGCAAGAAACCCCAGCAAAUGUUUUUGCUUUAGGAAUAGAGCCACCCAAACCUCCAAAGCCCGCGAAAGGCCCUAUAACAGGAACAUUACUUGUUGGUGGUAACCCCACACAUGUACUGUUCGAUUCGGGAGCGUCCAAUAGUUUUGUGACUCCUGAAGUGGCUGACAAGUUCGAAGACUUGUGUGAGGAAGAAGAGGUGAACAUUAAUGUCUACACUGCUGGUAAUCAACCACCGCUGAAGACAAGAAGAUGGUUCAGGGAAGUGUCGAUAGUCUUGCAAGAGAUCAACCUUCCGGUAAGUCCCCCGAGUAAGACGGCAUACUUCGCAUCGGCAGUAAGGAUUGGAAGAUCAUUCGAAGAAGAUAAUGUUUAUCUAGUCACUUUUACCGCUGUGGGAGGAGAUGACAAAGAAGGCAUGGAAGUUGAGGACAUCGCCGUAGUCAGGAACUACGAGGACGUGUUCAGACCGUUAGAAGGAUUGCCUCCACCAAGGAAUCAUCCUUUUACCAUAAAUCUUGAGCCCGGAGCUACCCCAAUUGCUAAAGCACCUUAUCGCAUGGCACCAGCCGAGUUGGCAGAACUUAAAACUCAGUUAGAGGAUUUGUUGGAGAAGGGUUUUAUUCGACCAAGUUCAUCGCCAUGGGAAGCCCCAGUGCUAUUUGUCAAGAAGAAGGACGGAAGCAUGCGUUUGUGUAUUGAUUACCGAGGAAUCAAUAACAUAACUAUCAAGGACAAGUAUCCGUUCCCGCAGAUUGAUGAGCUGUUAGAUCAACUCAGAGGAGCAAGUUGGUUUUCGAAAAUUGAUUUAGCCUCCGGUUACCAUCAGAUCUCGAUUGCAGAACAGGAUGUGAUGAAGACUGCUUUUCAAACAAGAUAUGGCCAGUAUGAGUUCGUGGUAAUGCCGUUUGGACUUACCAAUGCACCGACAGCAUUCAUGCGGUUAAUGAAUGAAGUCUUCCAUGACUAUUUGGAUCGAUUUGUGAUAAUAUUCAUCGAUGACAUCCUUAUAUAUUCACGGAGUGCAGAGGAGCACGCGGAGCAUUUGAAGAAAGUGUUGGAGAGACUAAGGGAGAUGAAACUGUUUGCCAAGUUCAGCAAGUGCAAGUUCUGGCAAAGGGAAAUUGGAUUCUUAGGACACCGAGUUUCAGAGCAAGGCGUGUCCGCCGACCCAGAAAAGAUUGCCGCAAUUCAGGAUUGGCCGAAGCCAACCUCAGUGUCAGAAGUUAGAAGUUUCUUAGGCCUGGCAGGCUAUUACCGGAAGUUCGUAAAGGGGUUUUCAUCUAUUGCAAAACCUUUGACACGAAUCACUGGUAAAGGAGUACCUUUUAUAUGGAGCGAAGAGGUGGAAGAAGCUUUUAGAAAGCUAAAGGGAGCAUUGACAACAACACCAGUGUUAGCUCUACCCGAGCCGAAUCAGCCAUACUCUGUGUUCACAGAUGCGUCAAGAGUUGGUGUUGGAUGUGUUUUGAUGCAAGGAGAUAGAGUGAUUGCCUAUGCCUCCAAACUGUUAAGGAAGCAUGAGGAGAACUACCCCACCCAUGACUUAGAAAUGGCAGCCGUGGUGUUUGCGUUAAGGAUAUGGAGAUCGUAUUUGUAUGGAGAAGUUGUCCAGAUCCAGUACCACCCAGGCAAAGCAAAUGUAGUGGCAGAUGCGCUAAGUCGAAGGAAAGCACAAAUUGAUGUCGAAAGAGACGUGGAGUCUCUAGCCGACGAAUUGAAGAAGGUAAGGCUUCUAGCCUUAGAAGGAGAAUCUAGUGACCCGUUGGGUUUACAAGCCGUAACUCAAGUGAGCCUACUACAUCAAAUUCGUGAAGAGCAACCCAAAGACAAGAACCUGAAGAAGAUCAUUGAGGAAUUGAAGAGUUUAGACUGGCCGAAUGCAAGUGGUUACCAUUUAGCGAAUGAUGACACCUUACUCCUUAAUGGAAGAAUAACUGUACCUGACCGGAAUGGACUGGCCAAAGGGUCCUAA